GCUGCUGCUCAAGUGCAGUAUCGAUCUGAAGGGUGAAUGUGUCGGGAGCCUCAGAGAGCCAUUCAGAGGCGUUCUGAGCAGGGAACCGACCUCUUCCCGUAAGAAAGUGGUUUCUACCUGCCUUUGCCGCCCGCGACAUCCUUGGUGAAUGAAGGGGAAGGCGAGAAGGGGCAGUGGUGCUGCUACGGCGAUUGAGCGAGCGGGCUGCUGCCGCUGCGGUCGCUGCUGCCACCGCUCCGCCUGCUGCUGCUGCAGCUCCAUGUAGCAGACAGUGAGGAGUUCACUGAAAAAAAGGCAGAGCAGCAUGCGGCUACCCGGAGGGUGUUGAUUGAAACUUAGAUUCUCCCCGAUCGCUGUUGAUUGGACUGAUGCUCCAGCAUUGCCAGGGAAAAGAUUUCAAUUAAGGUCCCUAUAGAUGGAAUUUAUUGCGGCAAAUACCUUGUCAUCAGGAGGAUUAAUGCCUGCAUUAGCAUUUCUGCAAUAAAAUCAGAAGCUAAGUGGUGAAGGCCACAGACACCUCAAACCUGGAUUCCUGUGCUCGGCAUUAAGUGCUGGAGUUUUUAUUACUUGCGGUAGGGAAGCCAUUGCCAAUGCUCACAAGGAACUGCUUAUCCCUCCUUCUCUGGGUCCUGUUCGAUGGAGGUCUCCUAACACCACUGCACCCACAAGCACAAGAGAUUUUGGAAGCACAGCCAAGAGAAAAUGUUGUCCCAGUGCCAGAGAGGAGAUCAUCUGCCCAGCGAGUCAAGCGAGGCUGGGUGUGGAACCAAUUUUUUGUUCUGGAGGAGUACAUGGGCUCUGAACCUCAGUAUGUGGGAAAGCUUCAUUCUGACUUGGACAAGGGAGUGGGCAGUGUUAAAUAUACCCUUUCAGGAGAUGGUGCUGGCACAGUUUUUACCAUUGAUGAGACCACGGGAGACAUUCAUGCCAUAAGGAGCCUAGAUCGAGAAGAAAAACCUUUCUACACACUCCGGGCUCAGGCUGUGGAUGUUGACACCAAGAAACCACUAGAGCCUGAAUCAGAGUUCAUCAUCAAAGUGCAGGACAUUAAUGAUAAUGAGCCAAAGUUUCUGGAUGGGCCUUACGUUGCCAGUGUCCCAGAAAUGUCUCCAGUGGGAGCAUAUGUGCUUCAAGUAAAGGCGACAGAUGCUGAUGACCCCACUUAUGGAAACAGUGCUAGAGUGGUUUACAGCAUUCUUCAGGGGCAACCAUAUUUCUCCAUUGAUCCCAAGACAGGUGUAAUAAGAACAGCUUUGCCAAACAUGGACAGAGAAGUGAAAGAACAAUAUCAAGUUCUAAUCCAAGCCAAGGACAUGGGAGGACAGCUGGGAGGACUAGCUGGUACUACCACUGUAAACAUUACUCUCACGGAUGUCAACGACAACCCACCCAGAUUUCCUAAGAGUAUCUUCCAUUUAAAAGUACCUGAGACCUCUCACGUUGGUUCUGCUAUUGGACGGAUCAGAGCUGUGGACCCUGAUUUUGGGAAAAAUGCAGAAAUUGAGUACAACAUAGUUCCAGGAGAUGGAGGAAACUUGUUUGACAUCACGACAGAUGAGUACACCCAGGAAGGAGUCAUUAAACUGAAAAAGCCAUUGGACUUUGAAACAAAGAAGGCAUACACCUUUAAAGUGGAGGCCUCCAAUCUCCAUCUUGACCAUCGAUUUCACUCAGUGGGUCCAUUCAAAGAUACUGCCACCGUGAAGAUAAAUGUGUUGGACAUGGAUGAGCCUCCAGUGUUCAGCAAGCCCGUGUACACAAUGGAAGUCUAUGAGGACACACCUGUGGGGACCAUUAUAGGUGCAGUGACAGCACAAGACCUCGAUGCUGGCAGCAGCUCAGUUAGAUACUUCAUGGAUUGGAAGAAUGAUGUGGACAGCUACUUUACAAUAGAUGCCACUGAAGGAACCAUUGCUACUAAUGAAUUACUGGACAGAGAAAGCACAGCACAAUACAAUUUGUCUAUAAUUGCAAGUAAAGUUAGUAACCCACUAUUAACCAGCAAAGUCAAUGUUAUAAUAAAUGUUUUGGAUGUCAACGAGUUCCCUCCUGAAAUUUCAGUUCCAUAUGAGACAUCUGUAUGUGAAAAUGCCAAGCCAGGACAGGUGAUACAGAUCAUCACUGCAGCAGAUAAAGAUUUGUCACCAGCUGGGCAAAGGUUUUCCUUCAAACUGUCAUCUGAGGCUUCCAACAAACCAAACUUCACAGUCCAUGACUACAGAAACAACACAGCUGGGAUUGAAACCAGGAGAAAUGGCUACAGCAGAAGGCAGCAAGAGCUGUACUUUCUUCCAAUAGUAAUUGAAGACAGCAGUUACCCUGUCCAGAGCAGCACAAACACUCUGACCAUCCGUGUUUGCAGAUGUGAUUCUGAUGGCACCAUCCAGUCCUGCAAUGUGGAAGCAAUCUUCUUACCAGUCGGCCUCAGCACAGGAGCUUUGAUUGCAAUCUUGCUGUGUAUUGUUAUACUUCUAGUUAUUGUAGUACUGUAUGUAGCACUACGGAGGCAGAAGAAGAAAGACACCCUGAUGACCUCUAAAGAAGACAUCAGAGAUAAUGUUAUCCAUUAUGAUGAUGAAGGAGGUGGAGAAGAGGACACCCAGGCUUUUGACAUAGGUGCCCUGAGGAAUCCCAAAGUGAUUGAAGAUAAUAAAAUACGCAGGGACAUAAAACCAGACACCUUGCGUUUUACGCGCCACAGACCACCAGCAGAAGAUAACACAGACAUAAGAGAUUUCAUUAAUCAAAGGCUGCAGGAAAAUGAUGUAGAUCCAUCUGCACCCCCUUAUGACUCCUUGGCAACGUAUGCUUAUGAAGGAAAUGGAUCUGUUGCAGAGUCUCUCAGCUCUAUAGACUCCCUCACAACAGAGGCAGAUCAGGAUUAUGACUAUCUGAGUGAUUGGGGACCUCGCUUUAAGAUCUUGGCAGAUAUGUUUGGAGAAGAAAGUUAUAACCCUGACAAAGUCACUUAAGUACAACUACAACAGUGAAACAAAAUGAAAAGCAAACCAACAACAAAUUUAAAAGAUAAACCUAAGCUUUAUAUAAGACACAAUUACUUUGAUUAUAAAAGACAGCGAUUGUUUCCAGCAAGUUACUACAUUUAUCAUACCGUCAGCUUUGGUUUGAUUUGAGAAAGAAUGAUAAAUCCUGUAACAUACA